UUGUUGUCAGGGAAAUAACUACAUGUCAAAACACGCAGAGACAUCAAGAUGUCAUCGAAAAAGCCCCUCCGUAGCCCCGCGUUGCCAACAGACUUCAACUUGCUUUUUCCUACGGACUUCUUUACUUCUACCCUUCGCACAGUCCAAUAAUCCAUAAAUCAUCAUCUGCGGAGAUAUUAUUAGAGACCUAUCGACCGAAACAGAAUACAAAAUGGCCUCCCAGUCCGACAUCUCCUCCAUCCCAACCCCGGCCCACUGCACGGCUGAUUUUUGCUUGAUUCCGAUCGGAACAUCCUCCCCCUCUGUAUCCGCCCAAGUCGCAGAGGUGCAGCGACUCAUCGAGCGGUCAGGCCUGAAAUACUCGAUGCAUUCGGCUGGGACGACGCUUGGUAUGUCAUGUUUGACCAUUCUAUACUACUGCUAUUGUUAUUGUUCUCGCUAUUGCUAUUGCUAUUCUGUUCAUGUGCACGUCUGGCUCUAUCUAAUGCGUUGUAUGGCCACAGAGGGCCCAUGGGAUAAAGUCCACCAGGUCAUCGGACAGGCACAUACUAUUCUACAUCAACAGGGUAUUGUGAGGAUUCAGUCUGAUAUCCGAUCUGGGUCAAGGUUGGACCCUUCCUCUCUCUCUCUCUCUCUGUGUGUGUGUGUGUGUGUGCGUAUACCUACCUGCUAACCACCUCUGUACAGGACGGAUAAAGUGCAGACGUUCGAAGAUAAGGUGAAGAAGGUGCAUGAAUUACUGGGCAAGGAAUGAAGGAAUUGGUUGACUAGGGAUAUGGUGAACACAAUAUAGAAUGAAUCA